AUGGAGCACAGACGCAGUCAGCAUCAACAACAACGCUGGCCGAGGCACUCCCUGCAGCAGGCGGGGGAGCAGCAACACCCACGUCAGGACCUGAAACGGUAGCAGCAGGAGGACAAACUGCAAGGGCACCACCGGCCGUUGCGGAAUGUGCAAAGGGCCGCUGCCGAAGCGGGGAAAAGCGUGGCAUCAGUAGGCCAGCCUCCAAUUCCUGGCAGUGGGCAGGGGCCUUGCCAUCGUGUUGAUUCAGUGGUCCUGGGUGGCUUGCAGGGGAGCAGUAUUGCUGGUAGUAUGCAGUACACCGGCAACAACUGCUCUGCUAGCGAAAGCGCCUUCUCCAGCAGUAAGGCACCGCCAAUAAUGAAAUCUGGUGUGCAGCAACAACCGCCUGCUACGAGCAGCUGCCCCUCCAGCUGUUUGGAGCUUCAGGCCAACAGCAACCCUUCCGGCGAUGAACAGCAGCGAGGCGCGAUGCAGCAGCAGCAGAUGCUCAUUGAUGCCCUUCGCACACGACUUGCGUCGCUGGGGGUCCCCACAAAUCUGGACGUCCUCAUGGAGAGUUCUCAGAGGCCCCGUGCGCUGCCCCAGUCCUCCAAAGAGACCUUGGGCUGUGGCGAUAGGUGCGCAGAGCAACAACAGAUACCACAUGUGCCGCUGCAGCGCACACUAAAGCAGCAAAUAUCGUCGAAGACGCAGUACUUUGAUCUGGCCAGCAGAAGCAGCAGUGAUAGCAGCAGCCGCAGCAGCAGCUGUAGCAGGAAGAAAUUGGGUGGCAUUGCUGAAUUCAACGGUGGAGAGCUAUUCACCGUUAGUAGUAACCGCAGAGGCAGCAAUGGUUGGAGGAGUAUUCACCAACAGCAGCUGGGGUCCUACACUACCAGCGGAAGGACAGAGCUUGUCUCUGCUGUAGCUGGAGAAGCAGAAGUACCAGAGGACGUAACAGCGCAAGACUCUGCAGCAACUGCUUCUGCAACGACCUGCGCCCCUACGGUCUGUGCCCUUGCUGGAUGGCUUGCUGCCCGAACGCCCAGAGCGUUGCCUCCCCAAGCCUUCAGGGUUGCGGCAACAACACCACCGACGUUUGCUACUACCUCACUUGCUCACGAAAGAGGCUUGCACAACAUACCUCGCCUGAAAUCCUGUUCUCAUGAAGGUCAUACCUCGACCGCCGAAGGAGCCGUUGCUUUCGUCCCUCCAGCCCGUUCCAAACACUUCUUCGGUGCGCAAUCAAUACAUAGAGCCGAUGCGGCAAGUGCACCAGCAGGUACAUCAGCGACGGCAAAAGCUGCAACAGUUAUCUUUGCUUCCACACGCCUUGCUACGACGAAGCCCCAGGCAGCUUCCUUUGCCAAUUUCAGAGCAGCAGCAGCACCACUAGCUAGGAGAUCUCUGUGCGAACUGCUUCACUACCGCGGUGGGCGCGGAGAAAGCCCCGAAGCAGUACUACGGUACAUGCGAGAGCUUGGUCUUGAGGCUUUCCAUGAAUAUUUCGCUAAAGCGGAUAGCGGUGUAGCAGCAACGAUACCUUUUCGCGCUGGCGAUUCUUCUGGCUGUGAUAGCAUUGAGAGGUCAUGCGACCUGACGUUCGUUCGUAGUUCUGCCAUUAAAAGUCGAGGUGUGGCGUGCGACCAAAUGAAAUAG